UCGAAGAUGACGACACCCCCAGCGGAAACCUCGUAACACAGAAUAAGAGCGUCGAGCCGAGACAAAGUUCUGGAAACGGUUCCAACAGAGCAGCAGGGGCACACCGGUGCUGGUCCACAUUCGCACACGGACUUCGAGACUUUGAUUCUUUAGCGGCCCUGUUCUGAAUUUUUUUUUUAACCGACAGACGCGGCGUUUUUUUUUUUUUGUCAAAGUGAAACUAACGGCUCGUUACGCAACAGCCCGACCCGGUUCAGAUCUCUCAGAACCCCUUCAUCUACUCCAGAACCACGUGGGGAAGUUUCCAGACAGCCACAGUUGGAGUUCUGCUCAGGUUCGACUGGAUCUAUCGGAACCGAAGAUGAGCGUGUGCCUGAAGAGGCUUCUGGAUGAACCUCAGGACCACUUCCUGAAAUGUAAAAACGCUCGCCUAGCUCCGCCCCCUCCAGACACAGCACGCCUGCCUUCCUGCAGGCCCAGAAGCCCUGCCUCUAAGCCCAGCCACAGCCAGUCCUUAUCCAGAGUUGGGUCAUACCUCCUUGUUGAACCUUGCGAGGGGGUGGAGACUUACCGGGCAGUUCACGUGCACACAAAACAACAGUACACGUGCAAGGUGCUCCCUGUGCUCGCCUACCAGGAGGAGCUCGCCGCCUACGUCCGGCUCGGUCGCCAUGAGAACAUCUGCAGCCCGCUGGACGCAGUAACGGGACGGGACAGUGUGCACGUCUUCCUGCAGGGUCACCACGGGGACAUGCACACGUACGUGCGCAGUAAGAAGCGCCUGGGUGAGGAGGAGGCGGGUCACCUGUUCAUGCAGAUGCUGACCGCCGUGACUCACUGCCACCAUAACGGUGUCAUCCUGAGAGACGUGAAGCUGCGAAAGUUUGUCUUCACCGACCAAAACAAAACCCGACUCGCCCUGCUCGGAUUUGAUGACUCUGUCCUACUGCACGGUAACCAUGACGAUGACUCCCUGAUGGACAGGCAUGGCUGCCCCGCCUAUGUCAGCCCCGAGCUCCUGUCCAACACAAAGACGUCUUACUCAGGCCGCGCCGCCGACAUCUGGAGCCUGGGCGUGUCCCUGUACACGAUGCUGGUCGGACGUUACCCGUUCCAAGACGCGCAGCCCUCCGCCCUGUUCGCCAAGAUUCGGAAAGGUGCGUUCAGCCUUCCUGAUGGGCUGUCGGCGCAGGCCAAGUGUCUGCUUGGCUGCAUGCUGAGGAAGGUGCCUGCUGAGAGACUGGAAGCACACGAGCUGCUGAUGCACCCAUGGCUGACCAACUGCUGCAGGACGUGUCACAGUGACAAAACGCCACAUCGCAACUCACACGCCACACCGCACAGCAUGAAACACAGUGAGGACCAGGUGGUGCCCACAUGGACAGACGAACAGACACACAGGUCCUGAUGAAGAUGUAAACCGGCCGUCUCCUCAAACCCGUAAACCACCAGAGCUGCGGAAACGGACGCUCUGCCCCCCCCCCCGGAUUUUAUUUUGAAACACUUAGAACUGUUCUGAGUCUAGUUCCUGAACUUCUUUCAGACUGUAGGUCUUUAAACAGUAUUUGGUUUUAAAUGUGGACUUUACUUUGAACUGUAUUUUUUUUUUUCUUUUUGAUUAUUUGAGGUAGGCGGAGCAAAGUUAGCACUGUGAUUAACAUGUUUAAAAAAACACUAAACAAAAUUUUAAUUUGUUUUGAUGUUUAAUAAAAUGUACUAAAA